CACGUCGACGCGCGGUGGUGGCCCGUUCUUUCGUCCCCAAAACACAACCUCCAAACAAACCACUUCGCUCCUUCAGCCUCCUCGACACCGGCCUCUUCCUCCCCGCCGCCCUUCCUUGCUUCUUCUCCGGCCUACACCCUCCUCGACCCCCCUACCGCACCCUGGAACCUCCUCCCAGACGCCCUCCCGGCCCAUUGCCGCCAUGACAACCGACGACGACGACCACCGCGACUCCGACGACCAGAUCCAACAGCCGCUUACCGGUGCCUUCUCCAGCCGUAACCCGUUCGCGGACAACGCGGCCUUCAUCGCGCCCUCCGCCGACACCGACCCUGACAGCGUCUAUCAGCUUGAGGACGACCCAUAUGCUCGCGACCUUCCCUACGACCAGCACCAGCUGCAGCAGUCCGUGCCUCCCGCCGUCUCUGAUCCGUUCGUAGACCCAGGCACCGCUUCCCUCAAUGCGCGCGCCAGCACUACCAUCGCGCCCUCUCCCGGCUACAUCCCCGACGAAGACCUCAACUCCUACCAGCCGUACUACGAGGACCCGUUUGAUGACAGUGCCGCUGCCGAGUCCUCCUACGAGGACAGCUCCUACGUCGCCGACAUCUCCCGCCAUCGAUCUAAAAAAGUACCUGCCCCGGGAAUCUAUGAUCGCAUGAAACGGCGCAUGGGUCUUGGCCCGCAGUACUCCGACAUGGACCUGCCAUUGACCGAGGCCGGUGCCGCGCCAGGAACUAUCGACGGACGCCCGCUCAGAUCGCAGCAGCUGCAGCCGACGACAACGGCCGCGACCGCGACGCCCUCGAAAUACGACGAUGCGGCUGGCGCCGGCGACUUUGAUAUCCGGCGGAUAUUCAACAAGAUCCUGCGACGGAGCCCUGUCGACCCGUCGACCCUCGGCCCUCGAAUCAUUCAUCUCAACGACGCGCCUGCAAACAAGAUCAAUGGCUACCUCGACAACCACAUCAGUACUACAAAAUACAACAUCGCCACGUUCCUGCCAAAGUUCUUGUUUGAGCAAUUCUCGAAAUACUCGAACCUGUUUUUCUUGUUUACAUGUAUCAUCCAGCAAGUUCCCGACGUGUCGCCGACCAACCGAUGGACGACCAUCAUCACCCUCGGUAUCGUACUCUUCGUCUCUGCCGUUAAAGAAGGAAUCGAGGACGUCAAACGACGAAACGCAGACAAAGACCUCAACAACGCGCCAGUCCUUGUUCUCAGCAACGGCAUCUUUGAAAACCGUCGGUGGGUCAACGUCGCUGUCGGCGACAUCGUCCGCGUCGAGUCCGAGGAAAGCAUACCUGCUGAUCUUGUUCUCCUCGCGUCGUCUGAACCCGAAGGUCUGUGCUAUAUCGAGACCGCGAACCUCGACGGAGAGACAAACCUCAAGAUCAAGCAAGGUCUUCCCGAAACCGCUGACCGCGUGAGUCCCACCGAUCUCAGCAACAUGAAAGGAACUUUAAGGUCAGAGCAGCCGAAUAGCAGUCUGUACACUUACGAAGGUGUUCUCACCUUGGAAACUCCCAACGGCGAAAAAGAAAUCCCGCUUAACCCGGAUCAGCUUCUUUUGCGAGGCGCCACGCUGCGAAAUACGCCUUGGAUCCACGGCGCAGUCGUCUUCACCGGUCAUGAGACAAAACUGAUGAGAAACGCUACCGCCGCCCCGAUCAAAAGAACGGCGGUGGAGCACAUGGUCAAUCUGCAGAUCAUCUUUUUGUUUGGAAUCCUCAUCACUCUCUCGAUUGUUUCCUCGAUUGGCGACGUAGUCAAGGAGCAUGUGGCAGCGUCAGAGCUUUCAUACCUCUACAUUGAAGGACGAAAUCUGGUAAAGCUGUUUUUCCAGGAUUUCCUGACCUACUGGAUUCUCUACUCCAACCUUGUCCCCAUCAGCAUGUUUGUCACCAUCGAAGUCGUGAAAUUCUACCAAGCCUUCCUGAUCAGCUCGGAUCUGGAUAUGUACUACAAGCCAAGCGACACUCCCGCCAUCUGCCGUACCUCGAGCUUAGUCGAAGAACUCGGACAGAUCGAGUACAUCUUCUCCGACAAGACCGGCACGCUCACGAGGAAUAUCAUGGAGUUCAAGCAGUGCUCGAUUGCGGGAAUCUGCUACGGCGACGAUAUCCCCGAGGAUAAGCGCGCGGUCGAAGUCGAUGGGCAGGUUAUCGGUGUUCAUAAUUUCAGCGUGCUGAACGAAAACCUGGAUACGCACCCCACGCGCGAGGUCAUCCAUGAAUUUCUCACCCUGCUAUCGACCUGCCACACCGUAAUCCCCGAAGUCACCGCCGACGAGAAGAUCAAGUAUCAAGCCGCGUCGCCUGAUGAAGGUGCGCUCGUGGAUGGCGCUGCAAAGCUGGGAUAUCAAUUCACCACCCGUCGACCAAAAUCAAUCACCGUCAGCAUACGCGGCCAGGAUUCCGAGUACGAGCUCCUCAACAUCUGCGAGUUCAACUCGACCCGGAAACGCAUGUCGGCAAUUUUUAGAUGCCCGGAUGGGAGAAUCAGGCUGUACUGCAAGGGUGCUGAUACCGUGAUUCUCGAACGCUUGUCACCCGGAAAUCCCUACGCCGAGGCCACCCUACAGCACCUCGAGGAGUACGCUGCCGACGGUCUACGGACACUCUGUCUCGCUAUGCGCGCGAUCUCGGAUAGCGAGUACGCCGAAUGGAGCGCGAUCUACGACCGCGCGGCGACGACGAUGAACGACCGAAGCACAGAAUUGGAUAAAGCUGCAGAGUUGAUUGAGAAGGACUUGUUCCUGCUUGGCGCGACGGCUAUCGAGGAUAAGCUGCAAGACGGCGUGCCUGAUACGAUCCACACUCUGCAAACCGCUGGAAUCAAAAUCUGGGUUUUGACUGGUGAUCGACAGGAAACUGCCGUCAACAUUGGCAUGUCGUGCAAACUGCUGAGUGAAGAUAUGAGUUUGCUGAUUGUCAACGAGGAGACAAAAGAGGACACGCGGAGUAAUAUCAAAAACAAGCUCUCUGCCAUCAGAGGCCAGAAUGCCGAGGACGUCAUUCUUGACACACUGGCGUUGAUUAUUGAUGGCCAUUCUCUGGCCUUUGCACUGGAAAAGGAUCUCGAGAAAGAUUUCUUGGACCUUGCGGUGAUGUGUAAGGCCGUGAUCUGCUGCCGCGUGUCGCCUUUGCAGAAAGCGCUCGUGGUGAAACUCGUGAAGCGGCAUCUCAAAGCUAUCUUGCUCGCCAUCGGCGACGGCGCCAACGACGUGAGCAUGAUUCAGGCGGCGCAUGUCGGCGUCGGUAUCAGUGGCAUGGAAGGCAUGCAAGCCGCGCGGAGCGCGGACGUGUCGAUCGGCCAGUUCAAGUACUUGCGCAAGCUGCUUCUCGUCCACGGCGGCUGGAGUUACCAGCGGCUGAGCAAAGUGAUUCUGUACUCGUUCUACAAAAACAUCGCGCUCUACAUGACGCAGUUCUGGUACGUGUUUUGGAACGCGUACUCUGGCCAGGUCAUUUAUGAAUCGUGGAGUAUUACUUUCUACAGCGUGUUUUUCACCGUCGCGCCGCCGUUCGUGCUGGGUGUGUUUGAUCAGUUUGUGAAUGCGAGACUGCUGGAUCGGUACCCUGAGCUGUAUCAGCUUGGUCAGAAAGGGACUUUUUUCAAUGUGAGAACGUUCUGGGCCUGGAUCUUUAAUGGAUUCUUCCAUUCGGUGAUUCUCUAUAUUGGAGGCAUAUACACCUACCGCGAUGGUUUCCGCGAAUCAUCGGGCUACGUGGCCGGGCACUGGGUGUGGGGCACAGCUCUAUACACCGCCUGUAUCGUGACCGUUCUCGGCAAGGCAGCGCUGGUGACCAAUCUGUGGACGAAAUGGACCGUUCUCGCGAUCCCGGGCUCGCUCAUCCUCUGGCUGAUUUUCUUCCCGAUCUACGGCACCGUGGCCCCGCUGCUCAACUUUUCGAUCGAAUAUAAUGGCGUGCUCGGACAUCUCUACACCUCGCUCUCAUUCUGGGCCAUGAUCGUCGUCGUGCCCGCGAUGUGCCUUCUGCGCGACUUCACUUGGAAAUACGCCAAACGCAUGUAUUUCCCGAAAUCCUACCACCACGUGCAAGAGAUCCAGAAGUACAAUAUCGCAGACUACCGCCCGCGCAUGGAGCAGUUCCAGAAAGCGAUCCGCAAAGUGCGACAGGUGCAGCGCAUGCGCAAGCAGCGCGGGUUCGCGUUCUCGCAGGCGGAUGAGGGACAAUCUAGACUUAUUCGCGCGUAUGAUACGACUCAGGAGCGCGGACGGUUUGGAGAGCGGAAGACGCUGCGCAGGAAGUGAGCAGUAUAUCAUUUUGGAGGAUCUUGUCAUAGUUAUAUGUGUUUUAUUUUUCGCUUGGAAUUUUGUUUUUUACCUUUUUUUUUUUGGCUCCUAAAAUUGUUUUAUAUAGAGAAUGGGAGGACAUGUCAUACCCUUAAUUGUUUAUACAAAAGAUGACGAGCAAUAAAUAAUGAAAAAAAUGAU